AUGUCGCGACCGUCGUGCGCGCUCCCGGCCCAGCUGCCCCCGGCGGCGGCGGUGCGGGCGCUGCGGCGCGCGGCGGGGUUCGUGCGGCGCGCGCUGCCGCUGUGCCGCGCGCACACCGUGGAGUUCUUCACGCGCGGGCUCUGGGAGCGGCUCGUGGCGCCGCGCCCCGACGCCGUGCUCGAGGCGCUGCGCGCGGCCGGGCCGCUGGCGCGCCCCCUGGCGGCGGGCUCGGGCGCGGCGGCCGCUCCGUGCGAUGAUGACAUCUUUUCCAGUGUGUUUUGUGAAAACUCUGAGAAGCUUGUCAAUGUACAUUUGUUUGCCCUGGCUGCUAAGUAUUAUUCUUUGUCCAACCUUGGAGUGUGUACCCCAUUAGAAGAUGUGCUUGAAGCACUGAAGGGAGACAGUGAAGGAGCAACAGGUAUCAAACCAGAUGAAUUUAUGAAUAAUAAGAAAUCACAUGAAGUGCAGAUGAUGUCAGAGCUGGUAGACAGCAUAGCAAAUUAUUGUGGGAUAAAGCAGGUGAUUGAUAUAGGUUCUGGGAAAGGCUAUCUGAGUUCAUUUUUGUCCAUGCAAUACAACUUAAAAGUUUAUGGCAUUGACUCCUCAAGCUCCAACACAAAUGGUGCUCAUGAAAGAAAUAGAAAAUUGAAGAAACACUGGAGAGCGUAUCAGAGUCGAGGAAAAGAAAACCUCAAAAGCCAGCGUUCGGAAAAGGCAAAUGACAGGCCAGUGGAAAGUGAAAUUAAUUGUAAAAAAAACAAUGAAGAACUCUUAAGUAAUGCCAACAGUCUUCCAAAUCAGGACCAAGUGAUUAUCCAAGAUCUAGUUCCUUCUUGUAGUUUCACAGAAAUGGCUACACUCAAAACCAACACAGAAGCUAAAGCUGAUUUAAUGACUGGGACACAAUCUCAUGAGACCAAACUUUCUGACGAGGUUCUUGCUGUUCUAAAUGUUCUUCCUGCUGAUGCUGUAGAAGAUUUUUCUUCAUCUCAUAGCUGUGUGGAGCUCUGUGAAGAGGAAAAAGUACAAAGAAAAAUGACAUCUCUCCAGACUAAAGCAAGAAAGUCAAGUGAAUCGAACCUGUAUUUUCCACUGACGUCUUGCAUCACUGCAGAAACAGAACUCAAGGACAUCAUAACAGAUCUGGAGGACUGUAUGAUGGUGGGUCUGCAUACAUGUGGAGAUCUUGCUGCAAAUACACUACGAAUUUUUACUGCCAAGCCUGAAAUCAAAGCCGUUUGCAGUGUGGGCUGCUGCUACCAUCUGUUGUCAGAACAGUUUGAAAAUCAAGAAGAAUGCCACGACCAAGUCUGGGGGUUUCCCAUGUGUCAGUACUUGAAGGACAAAGGCUGGUGCUGUGGUCGCAAUGCUAGGAUGUCAGCAUGCUUGGCUUUGGAGCGAGUUGCAGUUGGCCAAAUGCUGCCUACAGAAUCACUGUUUUAUCGAGCUGUUCUUCAGGUUAUUAUAGAAGAAAUUUAUGGUGUCACCAAAAGUGAUCGACAUGUUGGAAAAACCUUCUCCAAAUCAUCCUCCUUUGUAGAUUAUGUCAGACGGUCUCUGAAAAAGCUGGAACUGGAUGAUUCAAAGCUCCUAGACAGCUGUAUAAUGGAUUACUACGAAAAGUACAAGCACAGAAUGAAUGAGCUUGAAGCAUUUAAUAUGUUGAAGGUUGUUCUGGCUCCUUGCAUAGAAGUUUUGAUUCUUCUGGAUCGUCUUUGCUACCUCAAGGAGCAGGAAAACAUUGCCUGGUCUGGACUUGUGAAGUUAUUUGAUCCUGUGAAGUCCCCCAGAUGCUAUGCAGUUAUUGCUCUGAAGAACUAGUCAUGUUCUUAAGUGAAAUCAAACUGCAAAGAGGUUGGAAAUUCUGAACUGAUAGUGCUGUUUCCUCUCUUUUAUUCUGUUAUUUUUAAUUGAUUCCUCAAGUACAAUGUUUGCUUUUCAGAUGCAAAAGAAAAAAGUGCAAUGCCUCUUUGAAUCUUCAGAAAUAAAUAUCUCCUUUAUAAAUAUGA